CCGCCCCCUUCAUGUGAGGAAACCCAACCUGUGUGCGCGUGCACGCCGCUCUCUUCAGUAGGUCAGCUAAUUCGGCUAAGUCAUUUACCUCAGGAAAGUCAAGCCAAGUUCAUCGAGCUGAAAAUGUAGAAUACAACUUAUCUAACUGUAAUUUCAGGUUAUAUCUAAAUAUAUGCAGGUACUGUGGGGCUGGGAGGAUACGAAUUUAGAAACCAAGUGACUCACUAGUGUUCUGUUUAUUGAGAGAGGAAGGAAGGAAGAUUAGUGACCUGAAAAUGAACUGUUGAUUUAAGAGUCGUGACAAAUGACAGAUGGAGAAGACACAUAAACUGCUGCUGGGGAUUUUUACAGUUGCCCUAUGCAAAUAUUCACAGGCUGAAUGGAACACAACGAGGGACACAGCGAAUAAGACUGUGUCCUGCGGUCCCCAUGACAACAGCAGCAACUGCACAGAUUUGAAGGAUAUCCACCAAUGGAGUGGGCAUUUCUCCAAAUGUCCUGACGAUUACCUACAUUAUUGUAUCCAUGGGAUGUGCCGUUUUGUGCAGGAGCAGAACACGCCGACCUGCAGAUGUGAGAGUGGAUACAUUGGUGCCAGAUGUGAAUAUCAUGAUCUUGGCUGGUUGGUUGGCGAACAGAGGGAAAUAGUCAUCAUUAGCAUCAUAUCUGGAUUGGUCAUUCUCCUUCUCAUCAUUGUCUUUAUAUGCAUCUGUGCACACAGAAAGUUGUAUCGGAAAAAGAGGAGAAAACAGCAGAAAAGGGAUGAAGUGGAGAGGCUGAACACACUAAACACGAAUGAAGCUUCACCUGCAACCGGAGACGUGUCUGACACAAACACAGUAUGAGAGCUGUAAAACCAGUCUACAAGGAGUUCUCCUGCUGGACAGGAAGACACCCUGCAUGAUUAACGAACCUGAAGUCCUUGAAACGGACCCAAGGGAUGCGGCAUGUGAUCCAACUUUCCAGUCUCUAUUAUAGUUCAGCUACAAUUGCGACUAGACUAUGUGCUAGGUAUGCUUUUUUUUUUCUCCAGGCUGCAACACCAGCAGCAGUGUGUUUUGGAUGUUAUGGGCAUAGGAUCAAGAAUUUCUGGCCAGAUUUACAGAUCACGGUCAGCUGUAGAAGGGAUAUGUUCUUCUCUAAUGCCCCAAAUGACAAAUUAUUAGAUGGUUAUAUUAGAGAAGCGGACACUUUUGUAUGAAAAUGUUUAAUGCUGUGCAUAAAAAAAAGGUGUCUAUUCAAGUCAGAAAAAAAAAAACCUUUGUGCAAAAAGCGUAUGUAACAUUUCUCAUUGUGAUUAUGAUGCAACAAAUACAAGAAUAUUAAGCCGAUUUCAAAAGACUUUUACUCCUUUAAGUCAAGUAAAACAUGUAACUGUCUUCUAUUUGGCUAAUUGGCUAUUUACCUGCAAAUUGUUCUAUCAACAGAGCGAACAAUAAAGGCUUAAUCAUCUUGUAUUUAUUUUAUCAUCACAAUAAGAAAGAUCAAAUAAAUGGCUGAUGUUGAUAUUGUUUUGAGAUUUUUGUUAUCUCAAAACUGUGCAGUGAGACUACAGACAUCAUUCAGGCAGUUACCUCGAGAAAAUAGUUACUGCAAAGUUUGAUGUCAAAGAAUUUAAACAUUUCUAUCAAAUACACAGAUCUAUUUAUUGUUUGAAGGAUGUAAAAAAAAAAAAAUUAUAUAUAAAAUAUCUGUAGUGUUGUGUGCUGUUUUACUUGCUAUGUAGAUAUAAAGUUCCAGUAAAGUUUAUCUAUCAAAAAAACAAAACAAACAAAAAAAAAAACCUGAAGCAUUUCUUGUCAUGUGUUGGCUUGUUUGCGUUAACAUUACUUGUAUUCUAUUUACACCACCGAGUAUCAGCAGUGAAAGCGAUACGCUUUUGUUACAGAGAGAAAAGAAAAGAGCUUGAAGUUUGCAGAUACCACACCCUAGCUUUGGUAUGCAGUUUCCUUUUCACUAAAGUGUAUUAACCAGUAUUCUACCUGUUUUGCCUAAUGUCUUGGUUGAAAUUUACUUUUUUUUUUGCAUGUUUGUGAAAAGUGCUGCAAUUUCUGUUCACACGAAACAACACACAGCUUGUAGUUUACUGUCUGUAUUUAAAUCCACAUGUUCUGGAUCCUAUGUGUAUGGCUGUUGUAGGAAUAUAAUCAACAAUGGGGUGAUGUGAUGAAGUAGUUACUGUUGAGAGCAGAGUCACCCAGAAGUCAUUUUAUUUUAUUUUUUUUACAUUAUACAUUUACUAGACACAACACUUUUUUCAUUCAUUGCUACUUUUACUGUUGUGGCUUCCAUUUCUCACUAAACACUGGUUCCCUCACCAAACUGGUUCCGUUUU